CGCAUGCUGUUGGAAAUUUAUCUAGCUAGACACCGAUCCGGCCCUUCUUCAAGACUCAUUCCAUUCUGACUCUGAUUCUACUUAAGACUCGAGAACGUUAAAGUUCCUUCUUUUAGGAGCUCAAUUGACUUCAAUUGGGAGUAGGGAGCUCCAAUCUUUGGUCUCGUGAGACCUCUUCCCUUCUAAACCUCCCCAUAUUCUAGCUCCCAGCUUGUCAUGGCUCUCCCCACCAAGAUAGCAGGUCGAGCGCCUGUAUUAUUGCGAAAUGUUCGACGAUUACCCGUCACUCGAAGGCAACUUACUACAAAGAGUUUCCGAGCUCCUACUCAGCUCCUCGCUUCGUACCGAAAAUCUAAUUUCAUACAAGAGAGAAACUUCUCAGCCACCGCUCUUUGCUCGGCGGGUGUAGCUACCACACAAGAGGCGCCGAACCCGAAGGCAUACUUGGAGAGUGGCGUGAUAAAGCCUAGAGAUGUUGUGAAUGUUAAAAAGGUAUUGGUAAUUGGUAGUGGUGGCCUAGCAAUUGGACAAGCUGGAGAAUUUGACUACUCAGGCUCACAAGCACUCAAGGCUCUUAAGGAGGCCGGUGUAGCCUCUGUGCUCAUAAAUCCAAACAUUGCUACUGUUCAAACAAACCAUGUCCUCGCUGACGAGAUUUACUACCUUCCUGUCACUCCCGAAUACGUGUCCUAUGUUAUCGAAAGGGAACGACCUGAUGGCAUCUUCUUGUCCUUUGGUGGACAAACCGCGUUGAACUUGGGUGUACAAAUGCAGCGCAUGGGAAUAUUAGAGAGAUAUGGUGUUAAGGUCCUUGGUACAAGUGUUCAUACUUUGGAGCUGAGUGAAGACAGAGAUCUAUUCGCCAAGGCUCUCAACGAGAUUGACAUCCCAAUUGCCAAGUCAAUUGCUGUCGGAACUGUUGACGAUGCCCUCGAUGCUGCUUCAAAGGUCGGAUAUCCUAUCAUCGUCCGUGCUGCCUACGCGCUGGGAGGUCUAGGUUCUGGCUUUGCCAACAAUGAGGAGGAAUUGCGCAAUAUGGCCGCCCGGUCCCUAACUUUGUCGCCCCAAAUCCUCGUCGAGAAAUCACUGAAGGGAUGGAAGGAAGUCGAGUAUGAAGUCGUCCGCGACGCAAACAACAAUUGCAUCACUGUUUGCAAUAUGGAAAACUUCGAUCCCCUAGGGACCCACACCGGUGACUCAAUCGUCGUUGCGCCUAGUCAAACUCUUAGCGACGAGGAGUACCAUAUGCUUCGGUCCGCUGCUAUCAAAAUCGUUCGCCACUUGGGAGUUGUCGGCGAGUGUAACGUCCAAUAUGCCCUUCAACCGGAUGGUCUCGACUAUAGGGUUAUUGAGGUCAAUGCUCGUCUUUCCCGGUCGUCGGCUCUUGCUUCGAAAGCUACUGGGUACCCUCUAGCUUACACCGCGGCAAAGAUUGGUCUUGGUCACAGUCUGCCUGAGCUUCCAAAUGCCGUUACGAAAACUACUACCGCGAACUUCGAGCCUUCUCUUGACUAUAUUGUGACGAAGAUACCUCGAUGGGAUUUGUCAAAAUUCCAGCACGUGAAGCGUGACAUCGGCAGUGCUAUGAAAUCUGUGGGUGAGGUAAUGGCUAUUGGACGUACUUUCGAAGAAUCAUUUCAAAAGGCUAUUCGUCAAGUCGAUCCUAAGUUCCUUGGUUUUCAAGGUGACAAAUUCGAGGAUCUUGACUAUGAGCUCUCCCAUCCGACGGACCGUCGAUGGCUAGCUGUUGGCCAGGCAAUGCUUCACGAAGGUUAUUCGGUCGAUAGAGUCCACGAAUUGAGUAAGAUCGACAAGUGGUUCUUGCACAAGCUUCAAAACCUCGUCAACUGCACAAGAGAAAUGGAGGCGGUUGGUAGCCUGGAUGGUCUGAAACGGGAUCUACUCCUCAAAGCCAAGAAAAUGGGGUUUUCCGACAAGCAAAUUGCGAAUGCCGUCAAGAGCAAUGAAGACUCUGUUCGCGCUCUCCGACUAAGCAUGGGAAUUAGACCUUGGGUUAAGAAGAUUGAUACCCUGGCCGCCGAAUUCCCAGCAGACACCAACUACCUAUACACCACCUACAAUGCCAGUUCUCAUGAUGUUACAUUCGAGGAUAAGGGUACUGUUGUCCUCGGUAGUGGUGUGUACAGAAUUGGUAGCUCAGUUGAAUUCGACUGGUGUGCUGUUAGCGCUGCUUUUGCCCUAAGGGAUAUGGGCGAGAAAACUGUCAUGAUCAACUUCAAUCCCGAGACGCUAUCCACUGAUUUCGACUCUGCCGAUAAAUUAUACUUCGAAGAGCUAAGUUAUGAGAGGGUCAUGGAUAUCUACGAAUUAGAGAAUGCUUCUGGUGUAGUUGUGUCUGUUGGUGGCCAGCUUCCCCAAAACAUCGCUCUCCGACUUCAAGAAACGGGUAAGGCAAAUGUCCUAGGAACGGAUCCCAAAGAUAUCGAUAAGGCCGAAGACCGACAGAAAUUCUCCGAAAUCUUGGACAGCAUUGGAGUUGACCAACCUGCCUGGAAGGAACUGACUUCUGUUACCGAAGCUGAGAAAUUUGCCAACCAGGUUGGCUACCCUGUCUUGGUCCGUCCAAGUUAUGUUCUUUCCGGCGCUGCUAUGACUGUUAUUCGAAGCCAAGAAGAUCUCAAGGAUAAGCUCGAGGCUGCCAGUAACGUUUCUCCUGACCACCCGGUGGUUAUCACUAAAUUCAUUGAGGGCGCGCAGGAGAUUGAUGUCGAUGGUGUGGCUCAUCAAGGUAACUUGAUCCUUCACGCUGUAAGUGAGCAUGUCGAACAUGCUGGUGUUCACUCUGGCGAUGCUACCCUAGUACUUCCUCCGGUAAACUUGGAUGAUAGCAUCAUGGAACGGCUCAAGGAAAUCGCCAAAAAGGUUGCGAAAGCUUGGAACAUCACUGGACCGUUCAAUAUGCAGAUUAUCAAGGCUGAUGACCCUGAAGGUGGAGAAUCAGCACUCAAAGUUAUUGAGUGUAAUCUUCGCGCGUCUCGGUCAUUCCCCUUCGUCAGCAAGGUACUUGGCACCAACUUCAUUGAUGUUGCCACCAAAGCUCUUCUCGGAAAAGAUGUUCCUGGCCCUACUGAUGUUAUGGCUGUCAAGAGAGACUAUCUUGCCACCAAGGUCCCCCAAUUCUCAUGGACUCGUCUAGCUGGAGCCGACCCAUUCUUGGGUGUUGAAAUGGCUAGCACUGGAGAGAUGGCCUGCUUUGGUAAGGACCUUGUUGAAGCGUACUGGACAUCCCUUCAAUCGGCUAUGAACUUCCGCGUGCCCGAGCCCGGCGAGGGUAUCCUCUUCGGCGGUGAGAUCUCUAAGCCUUGGCUCACAAAGGUUGCCGAUUACCUCUCUCCUCUUGACUACAAAUUUUACGCUGCUGGAAACGACGUCAAGCAAUUCCUUGAGUCGACUACUAAGGACAAGGUUACCGUGGAUGUAAUUGAGUUCCCUAAGGAAGACAAACGGGCUCUCCGAGAAGUCUUCGAGAAGUACCAAAUCCGCGGAGUAUUCAACCUGGCUCUAGCUCGAGCCAAGACAGUUACGGAUGUUGACUAUGUAAUGCGCCGAAAUGCUGUCGACUUCGGUGUCCCAUUGUUCAUGGAGCCACAGACCGCGAUGCUAUUCGCUCAGUGUAUGAGUGAGAAACUGCCUAGGAAAGAAGGCAUACCUUCCGAGGUCCGUCGGUGGUCCGACUUCCUCGGCGGAAAGCCGUUGUAGAGUAACUUAUUAUAUACCCGGUUCCCUAUUUCCUCACAGAAUUUUGCGGAGCUAAAUAAAAAGGGAAAAAAUUCUACUAUCGCAACGUCUUCGCGAUUUAUUCGAGGAAAAUUUUGAUUGGCGUUCACUUUACUUUUUUGCUCGAUGACUUUAUAUGAGACGGAUGGGUGGGUGGGGCGUGGAAAAGGGUGACGAACGAUAUGUUAUUUGCUUUUUCUUCCGUCCUCUAUCCGAGAGGGAAGAUCCGAAAUGGAGGUAAAAUCACCUGUGGCGUACCUCAUGACCGGGGUCAGUUUCGCUAGAUACUUGGGUCUAUAGUGAGGAUGGUGUGGACGUAGAUUAGGUAGAUAGCAUAUGCUGGAUCUACGUGUUAUACGCCUUCGAAUUGAUAACAAAAGUUCAAAAUAA